AUGGCAAAGAUCAGAGGAUUCAAGCUCGGAAAGCGCCUUUGCCGGGUCACCCGGUGGUUCUUAUUCCGUAAUACCCGAACCCGAACUGGAUACUCCAUGCUCAACCCGGAUUCUCCCCUGACUUGCAGCAACAAACCCAUGUCCAAGCUGCUCACUUGGGGCCGGAAGUUGUCCGCCGGAGCCAAAUCUCUGUGCUGCCGCAAACCUGGGUCGGGCUACAAACAGUUGGGUCAGAACCCGGUUGAGUCAAGCAAGCCUGUGACCGUUCCAAAAGGACACCUGGCUGUGUACGUGGGUCAAAAAGACGGCGACUUUCACCGAGUUUUGGUGCCCGUCAUUUACUUUAACCAUCCCCUCUUCAGCCGGCUUCUGAGAGAGGCCGAAAAAGAGUACGGGUUUCAGCACGAGGGAGGGAUCACCAUACCCUGCCCGAUCUCGGACUUCGAGAGCGUCAAGACCCGGAUCGCCGCCGGGUCGACUCAGCGCAGGCUGACGUGGAAGCGCAGCGCCUCCCAUUAA